AUGACCGCUUCGCAGCUCGCCGCCGCUGGCGAGCCAGAUGCUGAAAAAGCCUUCUUCGUCGCUGAUUUGAGCCACGUGCUCCACCAACACAAGAGGUGGAAAGCGUAUCUCCCCGAGAUAGAACCCUUCUAUGCCAUAAAAUGCAACCCGGAUCCUUACGUCCUCCGCCUUCUUGCGGGCCUCGGAACUGGUUUUGAUUGCGCGUCCAUGGGCGAGAUUUCGCGAGUGACGCAGCUUGGCGUGGAUCCCUCUAGAAUAAUUUUUGCCAACCCGUGCAAGGCAGCGUCCUUCAUUCGCAACUCUGCCAAGGCAGGCGUCGACAUGAUGACGUUCGACAACACCGAUGAGCUGUUCAAGAUCGCUCGUGUUCACCCUGCAGCUAAACUCGUCGUCCGCAUUCUCACGGACGACUCGAAGAGCCUUUGCCGCUUGGGCCUCAAGUUUGGUGCGCCGCUUGUAACCGUCCCGGCGCUCCUCGAGAAGGCGAGGGAGCUGAAAUUGGAUGUCAUUGGCGUGAGUUUCCAUGUGGGAAGCGGGUGUUACGACUCGUCGGCCUUUGCAGAUGCCGUGAAACGCGCGCGCGCCACGUUUGACAUGGGCAAAGAAGCCGGAUAUGAGUUUACCCUACUCGACGUUGGCGGGGGAUUCGAGGAUGACACCUUCGAGGCGACGGCUUCUAUUCUCAAGGAUGCGAUCAGCGAGCAUUUCCCCGACAGGCAACACAUCAGGAUCAUAGCCGAGCCUGGGCGAUACUUUGUCUCGAAAGCGUUCAGCCUGGCAGCCAACGUGAUUGCGCGCCGCGCACCGCCUGCGGUCGAGGAAGGACGCGACGUCGAGGUGGAUCCCGAGCAGCCUAGCGUCAUGUACUACAUCAAUGACGGCGUCUACGGGGCAUUUAAUUGCAUUAUGUUCGACCACCAGGCUCCGCAGCCGUUCGUGCUAUCCCUUAACGGCUCGUUCCACGUCCCGGCAUCUGUGCCGCUCCGGGCGAGCAGCGUGUGGGGUCCGACGUGCGACUCGAUUGACUGUGUAUGCGCAGUGACGCCCCUGCCGACGACGCUGCAGGUGGGGGACUGGCUGGGGUUCGCAGACAUGGGCGCGUACACGAUCUGCGCGGCGAGCCAGUUCAACGGGUUCGAGGUCAGCAAGGUGAUUUAUACGGCGGGGGUGGGGCCGGGUGCGGCGGAGGUGCGGGAGGUGCUGAGGGCGUUUGAGGGCGAGAUAGUCGAGCGGGAUCUCUUGUGAUGGGAGAUGCCCGUGUGUGUACAGGACCCGGUGACAUGAUGGAUGUGGGUGAUGAUGCU